AUGGCCCCUCUUAAUGGCUCUAAAUCGUGCAGAACUUUCAAAUAAUACUUUAGAAAACGAGAACCAGCUACUGCGUGAUCGCAUUGAGAAACUCGAGCAAGAGCUUGGCCUAUUGACAGGGAAAAAAUCAAGUCUAACUUUCCCCUUAAAGAAAAUACGGAAUAUUGCAUUGGAAAAUACUCAGGGCUCUGAACCAGUAGACCUGGGUAAUCCAACAGGGAAAAUCUCUAGAUCGGAUCUCGAAGCCCCGCUUGAGGUGGAUCCCUUCGAGAUCCGACCUGUAGUGACUCAAAAAACAAAAAAGAUACAGGACAGGCCAGCAGGGGUGCCCCCUGACCAAUGGCCCCCUGCCCAAACCCAUCUCCAUGUAACAGCUCGCCCCUAUACGGUGUCUGAAUUAAUGGAUUUGGUGCAACGAUUUCGGCAGAAACCAAGGGAAAGUGUACCGGCUUGGUUACUCCGAUUAUGGGACAUGGGGGCAGAGAGUGUUGUGGUCAGUGGGCCAGAGGUUUCCAAGCUCGCAUCCAUUACUUCGCACCCUGCCCUUAGACAAAGGCUGUAUGCCACCGUGCAACACAAUGACGAGAAUCAUACCUUAAUGGAUUGGUUGAUGGCGGCAUGCCGUAUCACUUGGCCUAAUAAGACCGAUAUUCCGGUGCAUGCAGGUUUAUGGUCCUCCAUGGAGGACCUCCAAACAUAUAUUCGUGAGCUAGGAAUGAAAGAGGCCAUUUAUGAGGAUGGCUUUGAAAGUGCUGACUUAGUAAAAUUCUCGGCUGGAAUGAGGGACCUAAUUUUACAGCAGGCACCCUCCCACCAUUACGGCACGCUGUUAUCUAUAUUGAACCCCUUGGUGGCCUCAGAGGCCAUUGUUCAGCAGGCUGCCCAGUUGGUGGCUGAUCUGGGGGAGACGGAGCGCUUAAGAGCAAGGCAUAAUAUUAGAACAGUGGAAGGGGCUGAGGCCUAUCCAGUACCAAAAGCAAACCAGGCCUACACCAUCAAGGCUUUAACCAAAUUAAUGGCGGUAUAUGGGACUCUGCAGUUCAUCGAGAGAGUCCAGGCAUCCCUCCGGAAUGCUGCUGCGAGCUGCCCCGCUCACAGGUUACCACCCUCCAAUCCUCGGAUUCAGUAG